AUUGCAGAAUGUGAGAAGAGGAAUGCCAAAUCACGUGAAAGCCGUAGCUUUUAUAUUUUUAAACGAUACUUGAAUAAGAUUUUAAAUGAAGCUGGAAAACUUGGCCUUCCUGAGGAGAAUGUGGGCCACACCCACUACGACGCUGAGAUCAUCCUUACAAAACAGACAUAUUUGGAGAUCCUCCGGUUUCUCAAUGAAGAAACUUGGCAGUCAGGUGCUGUGGAUGAUGCACUUAGUGAUAUUUUGAUCAAUUUUAAACGCCAUGAUUAUAAAGAUUGGCACUGGAGAUUUGAAGACACUUUUGGAAUUGAUCUAUAUAAUCUGUUUCUGAUACUCUUGUGCUUAGUGUGCGUUGUAGUUGUAAUAGCUACAGAGCUCUGGACACAUAUUCAUUGGUUUGUUCAGCUAAAACGUGUUUUAUUAAUAAGUUUUCUCAUCAGUUUUGCAUGGAAUUGGCUCUACUUGUAUAAGCUGGCCUUCGCGCAGCAUCAAGCAGAAAUUGCGAAAAUGGGGCAGUUUGAUAACAUCUGUGCUGAGAAGUUAGACUGGGGGGAAAGUCUUAUUGAAUGGCUGAGAAGUAAAUGGACGUUUCAGGAUGAUCCCUGUCAGAAGUACUACGAAACUCUACUAGUAAACCCUGUUCUGCUGGUUCCACCGACAAAGGCAUUGGCAAUUACUUUCACCAACUUUGUAACUGAGCCUUUAAAGCACGUGGGACAAGGUAUUGGUGAAUUCAUCAAAGCACUUAUGAAGGAGAUACCAUUUAUUCUGCAGGUUCCAGUGCUAAUCAUGAUGGCUCUGGCUGUCCUGGCUUUCUGCUAUGGUGCGGGAUCGUCCGUGUCUAUGUUAAGAUACUUAACAUCUUUUCAGAAGAAAAGCCUUCCUCCACCUGACAGUCAACAGGAGAAAAUAGACUUUGGACAACAUGAUGGGAGUAAAUCAGAUUAUUUGCAAAAGCUUCCGUACGUUUAUAGAGGACCUUAUGAGAGAGGAGAUGCUCCUGUGAGACCAGGAAAUGGCAGCAAAAGUCCUGACAUCAUGCAUAUAAGCAACAAGCCUGACACGCAAGUAGAAGAGUCUCUCAAACCAGAACCUCGUAAUAGAUUGCACACUGAGUCUGAAGCUUGUAGACUAGAAACUAUCAGAGCUGAAAGUCUUACUGAAGAACAUGCACUUGAACAGCAGAAACAGGAGACAGGCAAAGCAGAGCAAGAGACUGGAGAAAAUUGUGAUCCUAAUAAAAACCUAGAAGGGAAAAGUUCCGCAAUGGAGCCAUGUGGAGAGAAGAAAGAGCGCCCUUCACCUGACUCACAGGAAGGACACUAA